AUGGAAUGAAUAUUGAACUUCUGCAUUUUUCAGAAGAAAUUGGUUCACUUGGAAGAUCCAUUUAAUGAUGAACAACGUGAGCGGCAUGAAGUGGAAAUGCUAGCCAAGAAGUUCGAGGCAAAAUACGGUGGAAAGCCCCACAAACAUCGGAAGGAUCGCCUACAGGAUCUAAUUGAUAUAGGUUAUGGUUAUGAUGAAACGGACCCUUUCAUUGAUAAUUCUGAAGCGUAUGAUGAAUUGGUUCCUGCAUCCCUGACAACCAAAUACGGAGGGUUUUAUAUCAACACUGGUACACUGCAGUUCCGCCAGGCAUCUGACUCAGAGGAUGAAGACUUUGCAGAAGACAAAAAGCAUAGGCCACCUAAAAUUGCAAAGUUAAAAGAAAGUGAAGAUCGUGGAAUGAAGAAGCGCAAGCGGAAAGAUGAAGGGACAGAAAAGGAGAAGAAGCCUCGGAAAAUGAAAGUUCCUAAGCAGUUGGGAGUAAUGGCCUUAAAUUCACACAAAUCUGAAAAGAAGAAAAAGAAAUUGUAUAAAGACUCGCUCUCUCUGGCUGCCAUGAUCCGUAAAUUUCAAAAGGAGAAGGAAGCCAUGAGGAAGAAGGAAUCGAGUCCAAAACCUCCAGUGACUGUUGCAACCUCUAUCCCUAGUAAAAUUCCUUCCUCCUCUCUCAGUGCAGGAAACGAUAUCUCUGACUUGAAUCUUAGGAUCAAUGAUCCUGUCCUCUCCAUUUUUGGUAGCACAAAUGAACGUGAGCUCCUGCAAGAAGCUGAAAGUGCCCUGGAGAUGCUGGGAGACAUUGACUUUGACAAGUUGCUUGAUGGCACUUCUGAUGGCAGCCCGGUAUCUGAGCUGUCAGGAGAAAAUGGAAAUGUCACUCAGGCAACCUACACCUCUCAGGUCAUGACACCCAAGCAGGUGCCUGCCCUCCCAGAAGGUCUGCCUAUGCUACUUGAAAAGCGCAUUGGAGACCUUCGAACAGCUGCCAAGAUGUUUGAUGAAGAAGGCAGGAAGAAGUUUUUCACGCAAGACAUGAAUAAUAUUUUGCUGGAUAUUGAGCUACAGUUACAGGAGAUAAAUCCUGCCAUCCGCAAUGGAGUCUACUCUCACCUUGAGGCUUUCGUGCCAUGCAAUAAGGACACACUGAUAAAACGUCUGAAGAAGUUACACCUCAAUGUCCAGGAUGACCGCUUGAGAGAACCACUGCAAAAGCUGAAACUGGCUGUCAGCAAUGUCAUGCCUGAACAGUUAUGCAAGUAUCAAGAGGACUGUCAGGCCCGCAAUCAAGCCAAGAAUGCCAAGUUGCAAGCGGAAGAUGAACGAGAGAAAAAUGGAUCGGAGGAAGAUGAUGAUGAGAAACCUGGAAAGAGAGUUGUGGGACCCAGAAAGAAGUUUCAUUGGGAUGACACAGUGAGGUCUCUGUUGUGUAAUCUUGUCAAGAUCAAGCUGGGAUGCUAUGAGCUAGAGCCAAAUAGAAGUCAGUCUGCUGAAGAUUACCUCAAAACCUUUAUGGAAACAGAAGUGAAACCACUUUGGCCUAAAGGCUGGAUGCAGGCAAGGAUGCUUUUUAAAGAAAGCCGAAGUGUGCACAAUCACCUCACUUCUGCUCCGGCAAAGAAGAAGGUGAUUCUGGCCCCUAAACCCAAAGUGAAGGACUCCAGUCCAAAGAAAGAACAGAAAACCUGUAUGUCUUCAGUCAAUUCAAGUUGUGCUACUGUACUGAGUUCCAGCACACCUGUCUGCACCCCAGCCAGCUCUAGCUGUACACCAGCUCCAGAGACGAUCUGCUUGGACGACUCACUGGAUGAAGACCUUUCUUUCCACCCACCCUCACUGGACUCUAUUUCUGAUGCUCUGGCAGUUAUCAAUAAUGGUGCCAAGGGAUCACCUCUUGGGUCCACCAUAGACACACCAACAUCCAGACCUCGCCCUGGGCUGAGGGAAGAGAAACUAGCAAGCAUUAUGAGUAAGUUGCCCCUGGCAACUUCAAAGAAAGUAGAGCCUGCUCAAACACCCCAUUCAUCAAGUCUUAUUGCUGGUCACACAGGGCCAGUACCAAAGAAACCCCAGGACCUAGUUCACACUGGUAUCUCUUCAGGCCUUAUUGCUGGAUCUUCAAUUCAAAAUCCUAAGGUUUCCUUAGAGCCUUUGCCAGCCAAACUACUUCAGCAAGGACUACAGAGGUCAAGCCAGAUCCAAGCUGCUUCCUCCUCUUCACAGACUCAUGUUUCUUCCUCUAAGACCCAAGCAGCUAUUUCCACCUCCUCUCAAAGAACCAAGGAUGCUAAUAUCUUGGUAACAUCUUCUGAGGCUCAAGGUGGUUCUUCCUCAACAUCACAAGUGACAAAGGUGCACCAGCAUUCAGCUGUACAGCAGAAAUAUGUAUCUCCUUUACAAGCAACUAUUAGUAAAUCACAGACCAACCCAGUGGUGAAAUUGAGUAGUAAUCCCAAACUAUCUUGCUCAUCACCAGUCAUCAAGGCUCAAGAUAAGUCUGUAGUAUAUCGCCUGCCUUUGUCUAAUCCCUCAUCUGGAAGUGGCUCUCAAGUGUCUCACCCACUGGUUUCUCGGACAACAUCCAGCACCUCUACCUCUAGUAACUAUUUAGCCAAGGCUAUGGUGUCGCAAGUUUCUUCCCAGGGUUUCAAGCCUCCCUUCUCCAUGGCUGCCUCUCCCAAACCUGCUGCCUCUCCCAAGCCCACUGCAUCUAAGCCCUCUGUGACACCCAAGCCCAAUGCAUCACCUAAAUUUUCAUCCAAGUCCACCUCAUCCCCCAGGCCUGCAACAACACCCAGUUCUUCCAGUUCAAGUGCACUAGUUUCCCAGAGUAGUCACUCCAGCAACAACCCCCUUCAUAAACAGACCAGUGGUGUAAAUAUCAGCAGGCAGUCUCCCACAAUGAAUUUGUUGCCCUCUAAUCGCACCUCAGGCCUUCAGCCUGCAAAGAACCCUCAGGCUUCUUCAAAAAUGCCCAACUCUUCUCCUUCUGGAACUGUUGGUAAAAGUAAUUUGGGUGGAGUUGGAAUGAAUGUACCUGCCAGCAGAGGCAGUAACCUUAAUUCAAGUGGAGCUAGUAGGACUAGUCUGUCUGGGGGAGCAGGAAGUGGAACACAGGGUGCUACUAAACAAUUGUCAACUCCACACAGACCAUCUUCUGCCUCAGGGUCUCCAGUUGUAGCAGCCAGUGUGCAGUCAACAGCAGGAGCAUCAUUACUGGCUAACGCCUCACCUCUGACUCUCAUGGCAUCACCCCUGUCUGUAACCAGUCAGAACGUGACGUCUGCACCAUUAACUCCUUUUGGGAUGCUGGGUGGCCUUGUUCCUGUGACCGUGCCCUUCCAGUUUCCCUUGGAGCUGCUUGGCUUUGGGACGGACACAGCUGGAGUGACAACCACCUCGGGAUCUACCUCAGCGGCUUUCCACCACAGCUUAACUCAGAACUUACUGAAGGGUUUACAGCCAGGUGCUCAGCACGCAGCAACGCUGUCUCACUCACCUCUGCCUGCUCACUUGCAGCAAGCUUACACAGAUGGAGGCCAAAGUAAAGGGGACACUAAGUUACAGCGGAAAAACCAGUGACUUCUGGACAAGCAAGGGAGCUGAAGCAGUUCUGGUUGGCUGACAGAAUCUGCCCAGUUGGGAAAGUGCUUAUUGUCACAGGGCUGCUGUUUCUGUCGAUGUUUACAUAUUCUGAUCCCAAGCACUGUGGUGAGAGGAAGAAGAAAAAGAAAACAAUACUUGAUCAAAGAGAGAAGGAAAAGGAGGACUGGUCCUCCUAGUCAUGCAGACUGGUCAUAGUUUGAUCUUGCCUAAAGAAACAAGCUUUUUUUUAUCUGCUCUGAUUGGCUUUUAAAAGAAAUUGAUCGUCAAACCCACAGCAGCACAAAACAUUUUUUUUUUCUGGGUGAUGUCCAAUGAAGAGUUGAAAGUGUUGAGAGGAGCUAGAACAGGUUUCUCCAUCCAUUGUGUAAGGUGGAAUCAUCCGCUUCAUUAGUGCCCAAAGUGCCCAGUAUAAGAUUAUGUGUAGGUCCUGAGUGUACUAUAUGGUUGUGGACCAAAGGUUAUGUAGAGUAGAGGUGGUGCUGGGAUACUUUGCAUUAUAAUUAAACCCUUACACAAAUGCAGUUUCUGGUACGGGCAUUUUUCCAGCUUUACAAGGCUGUUUGGCUUUAGGAAGCCUACAGAUGUAUGCAGUCUCAUUAGAGAGUGGUCUUCAAAAACAGAUCUCCUGGUACAUUGAGAUGUGAGACACAGACUACUGGGAAAUCCCUUGCUCCUUGUUUGAUUUUUUUUUUUUGUAAUAUAAAGAUUCUUAUUUAAGGGAGGAAGGGGAUGGAAGUUUUUCCAUUUACAUGAAAAGAAAACCCAUAUUUUAUUGGUCAGACUAGCAUUUCUUUCCCACCUUUUUUUUUUUUAAGGCACACUGAUUUUUCAGUCCUUCCAUUUGUUAAACUUUCUUUUCCUUUGCCUUGUGCUUAUCUGCUACUGAAAUUAAGUAAUGUUCUAUUCAUGUCUCUUAUAAAACACAACCAGUUCUUUACUCAUUCUAGAUCUUCCUCAUCUUUCAUCCAACUCCUCCCAAAAGCCAUGCAUUAUACUGAUUUGCUAGUUAAAGAAAGCUGAUUGUGACCUAUUCCAGAGCCAGGUUAGUACUGCUUCAGGCAUUAGCCAAAGAGGAGUCGUUCAAAAGCGACCAGAGGUGCCUUCUCUUCUGGGGGCUGAAUGGGUUGUCUCCAGCAUUUCUAGCCCCUGCUGGCCUGGGGAGUUCCUGACCUGAACUCUUCCUUACAUGGUAGCACAAGACUGCAAAGCUGGCUUUUUUUUUUAUAGCAAUACAUCGACUGGUUCAUUUGUAAGGUUAGGAAAGUAUCCAGCACAUGUUGCACUUUUGACACUAGGACAGAACUUUGCAGUUGAGUCCCUUGUGCUGUUGGAUAAAAGGUGAGAAUGGCAGAAACUGAAAUAAGUCAUAGGGGAAAGGAGCAAAUAAAAUAGUAUGAUGCCCGUCUCCUUCAACCCCGAAACAUUCCUUUGAUCAGAGAUGCUGAAAUUCCUAGUAGCUAGUCUUUCCAGUAGUUUGAU